AUGAUGGAUGUUGCGGAUCAGAAACCCGCCCCUACAUCACCUUCCCCAGACAGUGACGAUGAUACACCCCUCGCCAUCAAGCUGAAGACGAACCAAAACGGUAACACGGCCAACAACGUGACCCAUUCGCCCUGGAAGCGUAAACAGUUGGUUGACGUAAAUCCGCACGGCAGCCUCGAUCUGAGCAAGCUGUCCAUGCGGCGAAACUCGAGCUAUGGCAAGCUACCGUCCGAAGCACCCGAAGCGAAAGUGCUCGUCAUAUACACCGGCGGUACGAUCGGUAUGAUGCGAAACGAGAAAAAUGCGCUCGAGCCGCGGCCGUACGAGUUUGUGCGCAAAAUACGCCAAUACCCAAACAUGCACGACGACGUGUACGCCACCAAGCGGUACGGGCCGGCGAAAAAUAUGGCCCCACUGGUACUGCCGUACGUGGAAGGGCAACAUCGCCGAAUUCUGUAUCAAAUUUCCGAGUAUGAACCAUUGCUGGAUUCAUCUAACAUGAGCAUAAGUGACUGGGUACGUAUAGCGACGGAUAUUCGUCAGUCGUACGAGUUCUUCGACGGUUUCGUCAUAUUGCAUGGGACGGACACACUGUCCUACACCGCUUCGGCCCUAUCGUUCAUGUUUGAAAAUUUGGGGAAAACUAUCAUCAUCACCGGAUCGCAGAUACCGAUCUUUGAAACGCGUACAGAUGGCAAGGACAACUUCACGUCGGCCUUGAUCCUGGCUGGCAACUACGUCCUGCCGGAGGUGUGUAUUUUCUUCAAUAGCCGCCUAUUUCGGGGCAAUCGUACGAUCAAGGUUAGCAGUGAAUCAUUGGAUGCGUUCAACUCACCGAAUGCAGCUCCACUCGCCAAAAUGGGCAUCAAUGUGGAGGUUGAUUAUCGUGUUAUCUUCCGACCCUGCACAGUGGACAAGUUCACCGUGCAUCUGCAAAUGGAUGAAAACGUGGGACUGUUGCGACUGUUUCCGAGCAUCUCGGUAGCGACGGUUAAUGCUUUCUUGCGUGCACCGAUGCGAGGCGUAGUGCUGCAGACGUACGGUGCUGGUAAUUUUCCAACGAACCGAGCCGAUUUGAUCGAGGCACUGAAAGAAGCAAACGAACGCCAGGUAUUGAUCGUAAACUGUACGCAGUGCAAUGAGGGUGCUGUGUGUGAUCUGUACGAAACGGGACGACAACUGCAGGAAGUUGGCAUUAUACCGGGGUACGAUAUGACACCGGAAGCCGCUCUGGCGAAGCUGUCGUACGUGCUCAGCAAACAGGAAUGGGAUUGGGAAGUAAAGAAGAAGAUGAUGAAAAGUAAUCUACGUGGAGAGCUCACAUGUGAAAAGCCUCCAGAAAUGCAAGAGUACGAUCUAAUAGAUGCAGUCGCACGAACCCUCCAUCUUACCUCAACCAAGGAAUUGGGCCAGCUAAAGUCAUCCCUGUUUCCUGCGAUGGUCAACACGGCUGUCUUGGCGGGAGACGUGACAAAGCUGACGAACUUGAAAAACUACGGUGCAAACAUGUCGGCUGAAAACUACGAUCACCGUACGGCACUGCAUGUGGCCUGCUGCGAAGGAAACAUCGAGAUGGUACAGUAUCUCCUGCAGAACGGUGCAGCCGUACAUAUACGCGACCGGUACGAUCGUACGCCGCUGAUGGAUGCGAUCAUGCACGAUCACCACCAAGCAAUACGGUUGCUGAUAAAGUGUGGUGCCCAUCUGACCGGUUCGAUACGUGCCAUUGGUGAUGGGUUGUGUGCAGCGGCCGCACGCAAUCAACAAGUGCGGCUAGAAUCGUACCGGAUUGCGGGUGCCGAUUUUUCGCAGGAAGACUCAUGUGGCCGUACCGCGCUACAUGUGGCUGCGCUUUACGGACACGCGGAGAUCGUGCAGUAUCUGUUGAAGAACUAUGCCGAACUGAAUGCCAUCGAUUAUCUUGGCCUCACGCCGUUGGACUAUGCAAUGAAAGCGAACUCCGAGACGGUUAUACCUUUGUUGGAGAGUCAUGAUGCACGUCGGGGCGAGGAACUAUCGUUCGAUUCGGACAAGCGGCUCUCGAUGAAAGAUUCGUUCGAUUAAA